AAGCCCUGUGCCCGGCUGGGCGGGGCGGGCAGCGGGGCCCCGGCCCUGGCCCGGGCAGAGAGCAGCGGGGAAGCCCGGAACCCGCCCGGGUAACCCCGACACCCGGCCGAGUUUCCGUCAGACGCCCGUCAUCAGACAUGUGGUGGCCCUAGCUUGCCCCGAGAGCCACGGCGGGAGGAAAGAGUGUGCAAGAUUGCAGAAGGAGUCCGGGAUCGGCGCCCUCGCCUCGGCUCUUCCAACUGCCGCCGCCAGGACCCCGGGCCAGGAGCCGCCGCGGCGGAGCCACCUGACACCUUUAAAUAGCACCGGGGCUGGCGAAACUGGAGCCCGGCGCGGCGCUUCCCGGCUCCGGCCCGGGCUUACUGGAAACCCCGGCGGUGGCGGCGGCGGUGGCGGUGGCAGCGGCGGCGCCCGCGUCAGCGCUCUCCUCCCGGGGCCCCGCGCCGCUCCGCUCGCCCGGGUCGCCGCGCUAAUCGGCCGCUUGCCCAUCCGCGCCCUGACCGGCGCGGCCUCCUGCCCGCCUCUCGCCUUCCUCUCGCACCGUCCGGCGCCCGAGCUGCCCGCGGGCUGGGUCCCCCCGGCCCGAGCCGCCCCGGCCGGGCCCCCAAACGAGGCCGAGAUGACUUCCAAGGAGGACGGCAAGGCGGCGCCGGGGGAGGAGCGGCGACGCAGCCCUCUGGACCACCUGCCGCCGCCCGCCAACUCCAACAAGCCGCUGACGCCGUUCAGCAUCGAGGACAUCCUCAACAAGCCGUCCGUGCGGAGAAGUUACUCGCUGUGUGGGGCGGCGCACCUGCUGGCGGCCGCGGACAAGCACGCGCCGGGCGGCUUGCCCCUGGCGGGCCGCGCUCUGCUCUCGCAGACCUCGCCGCUCUGCGCCUUGGAGGAGCUCGCCAGCAAGACCUUUAAGGGGCUGGAGGUCAGCGUCCUGCAGGCAGCCGAAGGCCGCGAUGGGAUGACCAUCUUUGGGCAGAGGCAGACGCCCAAGAAACGGCGAAAAUCACGCACGGCCUUCACCAACCACCAGAUCUACGAGUUGGAGAAACGCUUUCUAUACCAGAAGUACCUGUCCCCGGCAGAUCGCGACCAAAUUGCGCAGCAGCUGGGCCUCACCAACGCACAGGUCAUCACCUGGUUCCAGAACCGGCGCGCCAAGCUCAAGCGGGACCUGGAGGAGAUGAAGGCUGACGUGGAGUCUGCCAAGAAACUGGGCCCCAGCGGGCAGAUGGACAUCGUGGCGCUGGCCGAACUCGAGCAGAACUCGGAGGCUUCGGGCGGUGGUGGCGGCGGUGGCUGCGGCAGGGCUAAGUCUAGGCCGGGUUCUCCCGCGCUGCCCCCAGGCGCCCCGCAGGCCCCGGGCGGAGGACCCUUGCAGCUCUCGCCCGCCUCUCCACUCACAGACCAGCGGGCCAGCAGCCAGGACUGCUCAGAGGAUGAGGAAGAUGAAGAGAUCGACGUGGACGAUUGAGCUGCGCCCUGGACCUCCUGCCGCCCGGGCCCCCAGUGCCCGCAUGCCCGCCGCCUCCCGGAUCGGACCGCUAAGGGGAGCUGGGACCUCCUCUGCACCUCCCUCCUCCACCCUUGUCCCGGGGCCGGGCUUGGCCCCUGACAGCCGCCUCUUCCUUCUCGAAGCAAUAAAUCCGGGCCGGCCGGCGGGGCCGGCCGCCACACGCGGCCUCCGUCGCCCCGGAAGCCCUCGCCGUGCAAUUCUGUAUGGCUUCUGUAUAAAUAUUUAAGCCUAUAUAGUGGGUUCCUCCCACCACAGCUUGAUUAUUUUCUUUCUUUUAUUAUGAUUAUUAUUUUUUUUAAAUCUCAGAGAUUUCGAUGUUUUCAAAGCCCCGGUGCUGCCGGGUCGGCUGACGGUGAGGCGGACUCGAGAGCGGCGAACACUACUAACUCCUGCGGUCUAGAAGCUGUUUUAAUUUUUCUCUGCAUGUGGCGAAUGCACCGGUCCGCUCACCUCUCUCGGCCUAUUACAGUUGACUUUUAAUUUCCUUCUGCCUUUUUUUUUCCCCUGCGUGAGAAGGGGGUGGGGGGGAGAGCCGGGCCCUGACUUGCAAGUUUCAAAAUCGAUCUUUUCUUUCCCCAGCGAGAGAAGUCUGCUUUCGAUGGCGUGUCUGCCUCCCGAGGCCCACUAUUUUUAAAAUUUCUCCAAAUCUUCCUGCAUUUUCUCGGACUGAUUGCUGGAGUCUGGCUCUUAGGGAAAAAGCAGGGAAGCAUCCAACUAGUCAUGGAAAACAGAACCCAAAGCCCUAGGAAUUAUUUUUUACUCUUUUUAGAUUUUUUUUUUUUUUUUUUGCAUGUGACAGAGACCUAAAGAAGGGCGACCCAAGCGCUAACCCUCACCUCCUCUGUAGCUCUGGGUCCCUCUGUCAACAACAUCUCUCUCCCGUCUCAAGUUGGCCAUUUGAGGGUGGCCCAGGGAGGGUGGGUUCCGGGUGCCCUUUCCCAGCUCCUGCCCUGCCCUCUCUUUCUUCGACUGUACCCAAGGCCUCUUCCUCCGAUAAAUAAAGUCUUUGCCAUUUUACUAGAA